AUGUUCAUGAUGUUCCUAGAGAACGUGGCCUUGGAGGGACAGGCGAAGAACCGGACCAGCAGCUCGAAGGAGAACCAGAUGAUGCACAGCGUCUCCACCACGAAGAACGGGUCAGAGAACGGAGAGGAGAAGUACGGCUCGGUGCCGUUAAUAACGGGAGCCACCGGGACGGGCUCCUUGUGGUCGUCCCUGAACUCCGGUAACGUCUCCAGGCAGAAGAUAACGAUGGAGAUGAGGAUGACGAGGACAGAGACGAUGGCUAUCCCCCGCGCCGGACCACUGCUCUCAGGGUACUCAAACAGCAGCCACACCUUUAACAUGAGAGGAGAGGUACUGGAUUAACAAUAAACUUUCCAGGACAUAGACAUGUCUUAUAUGGGCAGAAAGCUGAAAUUCUUGUUAAUCUAACCACACUGUCCAAUUUACAGUAGCUAUUACAGUGAAAAAAUACCAUGCUAUUGUUUGAGGAGAGUGCACAACAACAAAAAACGUAUCACGACAACUGGUUUGAUACAUUCACCUCUGAAGGUGAACAAUGUACUUACAUUCAGUAAUCUUGCUCUGAUUUGUCAUCCUAAGGGUCCCAGAGAUCAAAUAUAGCAUAGUUUUGUUUGAUCAAAUCAAUUUUUAUAUUCAAAUGUAGGAACUGGGUUCUACAGUUUGAAUCCCUGCUGUCUCUGGAUCCGCACCUACCCCGCCCGGCCAUCUAGAUGUGUGAAAGUUAGUAUAUAAGCUAAUGAUUCAUCAUGUAUGACAUUCCUGGAAGUGUGUAAACUUACAUUGUGUAUUACCAUAUCAUUUUUGUAUGUUCUCUAUAGUUAUGUACUUGAGAAUGUAUCAAUUGACCAAUUCGGCACAUUUGGGUAGACUUGAUACAAAAUUGUCCAGUAAUGCAAUGCUUCACUGGAUCAAUCUGAAACUUUGCACACACACUGCUGCCAUCUAGUGGCCAAAGUCUAAAUUGCGCCUAAACUGCAAUAUUAUAUUGUGGCCUUUCUCUUUCAUUUCAAAUAUGAUGGAACAAAACAUAUUUGUUUGUUUGUAUUAUCUUUUACCAGAUCUAAUGUGUUAUAUUCUCUGACAUUAAUUUCACAUUUCCACAAACUUCAAAGUGUUUCCUUUCAAGUGGUAUCAAGAAUAUGCAUAUCCUUGCUUCAGGUCCUGAGCUACAGGCAGUUAGAUUUGGGUAUGUCAUUUUAGGCGAAUUUUUUUUUUUUAAAGGAUCCGAUCCUUAAAAGGUUAAGAUAAGAUAAUAUUGUAUUAGUUCACCCAAAAUAGACAUUUGUAUUCUGUUCGUUAUUUUAAAUUCCUUGCUCAAGGGAACAUCAACAUUACAUUUACGUUUAUCAGACACACUAAUGUGGAGCAAACUGCAUAAAUGUUCAUACUGGUCGACUGUGGGAAUCAAACCCACAACCCUGACGUUGCAAGUGCCAUGCUCUACCAACCGAGCCACACAGGAUUAGCAGACUGAAGAAGAAGGGGAAACGCUAGAAGGUUCUAAAGGACGACCCAGAUCAUUUAAAAUGCUGUUAUUAUUACUGCAUGUUCAAUGGAACAAACAUUUCUAAACUCUGACGUGUGUUUGGCUUUUGUCGAGGGAGUAAAAUGAUAGAAGACGUCUGUGCUCAACCACACCUGUCUCUGCAGCUCAUUGUCAGGUAGUGGUCUCUCCUCUUCCUUAAUAAAACCCUCAUCCUCUCUGAACUUCUCCAUGGCCUCUUCUCCCAGCUCGUAGAAGCGGAUCUCCUCAGAGAAGAUGUCUAUGGGCACGUUGACGGGUCUCCUGAUGCGCCCGCCUGACUGGUAGUAAUAGAGGAUAGCGUCGAAGCUGGGCCGGUUCCUGUCAAAGAAAUAUUCGUUCCUCAGAGGGUCAAAGUACCUGGAAAGGGGGGGGAUAGAGAGAGACCGAUACAUACAUUUAUGUAGUAAUGCUUAAUUGAUUGACAGACAGACAGACAGACAGACAGACAGACAGACAGACAGACAGACAGACACAGAAACAGACGAAGAUAUAUUGAUAUAUUGAUACUUAAUUGAUUAAUUGUCAGCAGUAGGCAUGACGUGUGUUAAGACAAGACAAUAACCAGCAACCAGUACAGAGUAAGUCCUUCUGUACCUCAUCCUCUCUGAGUUAACAGAACAAGAACAAUACAAUAAACCGUCAACAGCGUUAAGUACCUCAUCACUGGGCGAAUACGGUCAAUAUCAGAGGAUAUCUUUAUCUCAGCGCUCACAGUCUCACGUCAGAAUUAGAUGGUCAUCCAUGUUUCUCAAACAUCAAAUUUCAAAAUUUUUCAAAAUGUUGUUCCAAACAAAGUGUUUUAAGGUUAAGUUGAGGCAUUAAUUCUGAAAUCUCAAGGUUAGGCAUUAACUCUGAGUGGUUAAGGUAAGGGUUAAGGUUUGGGAUAGGCUUAAAACAAAAAUAUCAAGAACACCUUUCUAUGGCUGGAUUCGAACUUGCAACCAGAGGCAGAUGCUUACGCCCAUCCACCAUCCACAACGCCAAAAACUGAAACCUACUUGAAGGAAUCAGCGCUCACUGUUGCCCCCCUAGUGGCCAGUUUCCACAUCAUCUCCCGACAUCCUCAGGCAUGGAUGGACAUUGAAUACUGACUUGUAUCACGGGUGACCUGGCUGAUUUAUUUAUAUAUUUCCUGAUAUCUGAUUUUAUGCGAUAUAAAAGUUUUUUGGUAUUUUAUAAGGAUCCCCAUUAGCUGUUGCAAAAGCAGCAGCUACUCUUCCUGGGGUCCACACAAACAUGAAACAUGACAUAAUACAGAACAUUAAUUGACAAGAACAGCUCAAGGACAGAACUACAUAAAUUUUUUAAAAAGGCACACGUAGCGUACAUAUCAAUACAUACACACAAACUAUCUAGGUCAAAUAGGGGAGAGGCGUUGUGCCGUGAGGUGUUGCUUUAUCUGUUUUUUGAAACCAGGUUUGCUGUUUAUUUGAGCAAUAUGAGAUGGAACGGAGUUCCAUGUAAUAAUGGCUCUAUAUAAUACUGUACGCUUUCUUGAAUUUGUUCUGGAUUUGGGGACUGUGAAAAGACCCCUGGUGGCAUGUCUGGUUGGGUAAAUGUGUGUCAGAGCUGUGUGUAAGUUGACUAUGCAAACCAUUUGAGAUUUUCAACACGUUAAUGUUUCUUAUAAAAAGAAGAAGUGAUGCAGUCAGUCUCUCCUGUCUCUCCUCUCCUGGCAUGCAUAGUAUUUAUAUCAGCCCUCUGAUUACAAUGAAGAACAAGACGUGCCACUCUGUUAUGGGCCAGCUGCAGCUUAACUAGGUCUUUCCUUGUAGCACUGGACCACAUGGCAGGACAAUAAUCAAGAUAAGACAAAACUAGAGCCUGCAGGACUUGCUUUUUGGAGUGUGGUGUCCAUCUUUACAACCAUUGAAUCUAUAUGUUUUGAUCAUGACAGUUUACAAUCUAAGGUAACACCAAGUAAUUUAGUCUCCUCAACAGCCACACCAUUCAUUAGGUCCAGAACUUAGGGAAUGAUUUGUACCAAAUACAAUGUUCUUAGUUUUAUUGAUGUACAGGACCAGUUUACUACUGGCUACCCAUUCCAAAACAGAAUGCAACUCUUUGUUAAGGGUUUCAGUGACUUCAUUAGCUGUGCUUGCUGAUGCGUAUAUGGUUGAAUCAUCAGCAUACUUGGACACACAUGCUUUGUUUAAUGCCAGUGGUCAUUUGUAAAAAUAGAAAAGAGUAGAGGGCCUAGAAAGCUGCCCUGCGGUACACCACACUGUCCAUGUUUGACAUUAGAGAAGCUUCCAUUAAAGAAAACCCUUUGAGUUAUAUUAGAUAAAUAGCUCUGAAUCCACGAUAUGGCAGAGGUUGAAAAGCCAUAACAUAUACGUUUUUUCAACAACAGGUUUCGGUCAAUCAUAUCAAAGGCUGCACUGAAAUCUAACAGUACAGCUCCCACAAUCUUGUUAUUAUCAAUUUCUUUCAACCAAUCAUCAGUCAUUUGUGUCAGUGCAGUACAUGUUGAGUUCCCUUCUCUAUAAGCAUGCUGAAAGUCUGUUGUUAAUUUGUUUACAGAGAAAUAGCACUGUAUUUGGUCAAACACAAUCUUUUCCAACAGUUUGCUAAGAGCUGGCAGCAAGCUGAUAGGUCUGCUGUUAGAACCAGUAAAGGCUGCUUUACCAUUCUUGGGUAGUGGAGUGACUUUGGCUUCCCUCCAGGCCUGAGGAUGAAGACUUUCCUCUAGGCUCAGAUUAAAGAUAUGACAGAUAGGAGUGGCCAUAGAGUCAGCUACCAUCCUCAGUAGCUUUCCAUCUAAGUUGUCAAUGCCAGGAGGAUUGUUAUUAUUUUUCCACCUCUCCCACACUCACUUUACAAAAUUCAAACUUGCAAUGCUUUUCUUUCAUUAUAUGUUUUUUUAUGCAUGAAUACGAUGGCUCACUGUUCGUUGUUGACAUUUCCUGCCUAAGUUUGCCCACUUUGCCAAUGAAGUAAUCAUUAAAAUAAUUGGAAACAUCAAAUGGUUUUGUGAUGAAUAAGCCAUCUGAUUUGAUGAAAGAUGGAGUUGAAUUUGUCUUUCUACCCAUAAUUUCAUUUAAAGUACUCCUAAGUUGUUUUCCAUCAUUCUUUAUAUCAUUGAUCUUGGCUUCAUAAUACCGUUUCUUCUUCUUUUUGUUGAGUUUAGUCACAAUUUCUCAAUUUGCAGUAAGUCAACCAGUCAGAUGUGCAGCCAGACUUAUUAGCCACUCCUUUUGACCCAUCUCUUUCAACCAGACAGUUUUUCAGUUCCUCAUCAAUCCACGGAGCCUUAACAGCUCUAACAGUCAGUUUCCUAACAGGUGCAAGUUUAUCAAUAAUUGGAAAAAGCAAUUUCUUAAAUUCAUCCAGUUUAGCGUCUGGAUGCUCCUUAUUAAUCAGAUCAAACCAACAAAUGCUUUUUCAUUAUCCACAUAUGAGUCACAGCUAAAUCUUUUGGAUGAUCUCUUAUACACUAUUUUAGGUCCGGCUGUUGGAAAUUUGUCUUUCCUGCAUAUAGCCACUAUAUUGUGAUCACUGCAUCCAAUGUUACGGAUACAGCUUUAGAGGGAUGUAGCUCAGUUGGUAGAGCAUGGCGUUUGAAACGCCAGGGUUGUGGGUUCGAUUCCCACAGGGGGCCAGUAUGAAAAAAAAUAAAAAAAUAAUGUAUGCACUCACUAACUGUAAGUCGCUCUGGAUAAGAGCAUCUGCUAAAUGACUAAAAUGUAAAAUGUAAAAAUGUAGAACAAAGUUCUACGGUAUCAGUAAAAAUGUGAUCAAUACAUGUGGAUGAUCUUGUUCCUGUAGUGUUUGUAAACACCCUGGUAGGUUGAUUAAUAACCUGAACCAGAUUACAGGCACUGGUUACAGUGAGAAGCUUCAUCUUGAGCAGACCGCUUAAUGAAAACCAGUCAAUAUUCAGGUCCCCAAGAAAGUAGAUCUCUCUGUUUACAUCACAUACACUAUCAAGCAUUUCACACAUAUUAUUUAGAUACUGACUGUUCGAACUUGGUGGCCUAUAACAACACCCCAAAAGAAAAGGCUUUAGAUGUGCCAAGUGAACCUGCAACCACAACACUUCAAUAACACUUGACAUAAGAUCUUCUCUAAGCAUUACAGGGAUAUGGCCCUGAAUAUAUACAGCAACACCUCCCCCAUAAGCCUUUCUGUCUCUUCUAUAGAUGUUAUAUCCUUGUAUUGCUACUGCUGUAUCAUCAAAUGAAUGAUCUAAGUGAGUCUCAGAAAUGGCUAAUAUAUGAAUGUUAUCUGAUGUUAGUUAUUGAUAUCAUGAACCUUAUUUCUAAGGCUACAUAUAUUAAUAUGGACUAUUUUCAGCCCUUUCCUGGAUUGCUUAUCAGCGAUAGACAUAAUACUGAAAAGAGCAAACAAAGCAUGAGUAAAAAUAUAUACAUUUCAGCAUUAAUCAAUUAGUGUGCUGCGGGGUUGAAGCUACGAACCCAUAGGCUUGGCUCUCAUCCCUUUCAGGCUUCUGGGAGGGAGGGUGGACAAUGAGCCUGUCAUAGCAGAUGUAAGCAAUGUCCCCACAUGCUCUGGCAGCUUUCAUGUCUGGGAUAAGUUCUUUCCUCUUCUGGCGCACAGCUUCAGGAUAGUCCUCGUUGAGGAAGAUAUACGUUCCUCUCAAGUUCUUGGCUCUUUCCAGAACAGCUACCUUGUCCUUGAACCUCAAGAAAUUGACGACAAUCGGCCUGGGCCUGUCACCUGGGCCAAUGGUAUUUUUUCCAGUCCUGUGGGCGCGCUCCACCUCAAUCUUCCUGUGGUCCAUCUUCAGUUUCUCAGAGAUCAUUUCCCUCACUUUGUCCUCAGACUCCGUCCAGGUCUCAUGUGGAGAUUCUGCAAUUCCGUCCAGAACCAUGUUGUUACGCUUUAGUUGUCCCUCGAGAUAAUCUGAUUUAUCCGUCAUUGUUAUCAUGGAUUCACAUACAGAACUGAUGUCCUCUCUCAAUGAAUUACAGAUUGCUGUAAUCUUGCCGUUCUCCUGUUUCAAACUCAUCGAGCUGACCCUGGGAGAACUGCAAACUGUUCUUCAGGUCCUGGACCUCUCUGGUCAGGUCGUCCACCAGUAUUUGGACAAAGCACUUGAAGCUAUUUUCUUGUUGUUGUAACAACUGCUUUUAGAACUAUUUUUGUUUGUUUAAAAGAUCCUUCACGUGUGAUAGAGAGACACCACUGUCCUCGAUAACGGUACUCCCGCCGGCUUUGGUCUUUGUCAUGGUAGCAACGUAGGUUACGCUGUUACUCCUCUCAGUUCCAGACAGGACAGGUCUCUCAGUUCCAGACAGGACAGGUCUCUCAGUUCCAGACAGGACAGGUCUCUCAGUUCCAGACAGGACAGGUCUCUCAGGUCCAGACAGGACAGGUCUCUCAGGUCCAGACAGGACAGGUCUCUCAGUUCCAGACAGGACAGGUCUCUCAGGUCCAGACAGGACAGGUCUCUUAGUUCCAGACAGGACAGGUCUCUCAGUUCCAGACAGGACAGGUCUCUCAGUUCCAGACAGGACAGGUCUCUCAGUUCCAGACAGGACAGGCCUCUCAGUUCCAGACAGGACAGGUCUCUCAGUUCCAGACAGGACAGGUCUCUCAGUUCCAGACAGGACAGGUCUCUCAGUUCCAGACAGGACAGGUCUCUCCGUUCCAGACAGGACAGGUCUCUCAGUUCCAGACAGGACAGGUCUCUCAGUUCCAGACAGGACAGGUCUCUCAGUUCCAGACAGGACAGGUCUCUCAGUUCCAGACAGGACAGGUCUCUCAGUUCCAGACAGGACAGGUCUCUCAGUUCCAGACAGGACAGGUCUCUCAGGUCCAGACAGGACAGGUCUCUUAGUUCCAGACAGGACAGGUCUCUCAGUUCCAGACAGGACAGGUCUCUCAGUUCCAGACAGGACAGGUCUCUCAGUUCCAGACAGGACAGGUCUCUCAGUUCCAGACAGGACAGGUCUCUCCGUUCCAGACAGGACAGGUCUCUCCGUUCCAGACAGGACAGGUCUCUCAGUUCCAGACAGGACAGGUCUCUCAGUUCCAGACAGGACAGGUCUCUCAGUUCCAGACAGGACAGGUCUCUCCGUUCCAGACAGGACAGGUCUCUCCGUUCCAGACAGGACAGGUCUCUCCGUUCCAGACAGGACAGGUCUCUCAGUUCCAGACAGGACAGGUCUCUCAGUUCCAGACAGACAGGUCUCUCAGUUCCAGACAGGACAGGUCUCUCAGUUCCAGACGGGACAGGUCACAGGGAAGACUGAAAACAACAACAACAACAAACAGCAGAGAUCUAGACAGCCACAAACCGGGACAAUCUGCGGUCUCAGCCACAAUGGCUAACCGCGUCGCGGGCUGCGUUCAAGCCCUCAAGAAAACCCCGCUAGCUUGAUAGGCCAAAUAGCUCCACAGACCUGGCCUUGGUCGGCAGGAUCACUGGACAGAGAGUAGCAGUCCCAGCAACAGAUGCCAACUGUGCCGCGGGAUCCAAACUCAAAAGUUAGCUAGCUACUAAGAAACUUUCCAAUACACUUUCAAAACAACAAACUUUCCGAAACAACAAUCCGAGCGCUCCCUUGUUCCGCGUUCAACAGGAAGUGACGAUGAAUGGACUGAAAAGAAACGCAUGUAUGAGUCCACCUGAAAUCUCCCUGCUACCGUAUGAGUCCAUCUGAAAUCUCCCUGCUACCGUAUGAGUCCACCUGAAAUCUCCCUGCUACCGUAUGAGUCCACCUGAAAUCUCCCUGCUACCGUAUGAGUCCACCUGAAAUCUCCCUGCUACCGUAUGAGUCCAUCUGAAAUCUCCCUGCUACCGUAUGAGUCCAUCUGAAAUCUCCCUGCUACCGUAUGAGUCCAUCUGAAAUCUCCCUGCUACCGUAUGAGUCCAUCUGGGAUAGGAUAAAGUAAUCCUUCUACCCCCCCUUACCCCCCCCCCCCCCAAAAAAAAAAAAGUGGUUGUCCCACUGGCUAUAAGGUGAAUGCACCAAUUUGUAAGUCGCUCUGGAUAAGAGGGUCUGCUAAAUGACGUAAAUGUAAAUGUAAAUCUGAACAGCUUCUCACUUCUUUGUUUCUCCAGUUGUCAGUUCGACAACACUGUUUACACACUCAUUUGUGGUUCCCAAAUAAAAAAAUGACAGUUGGAACGGCAAACUGCAAGUGCUUUUAGCUUGCGGUUUGCUGCUCCUUUAUGUAGAGGGAAUACAAAAAUGAUAGUGUCUGAAAGAAUGAUAUGGAUUUAACAUUUGUCAAAUUCUUGAGCAUGUACUUAAAACUAAAAUAAGCUAGAGUUAGGGUUAACAUAGAGAAUAAUACAAUAAACAGUCAACAGUAAACACUAGAAGUUACCUCAUCCUCUUCUUGGGGUGAAGGUCAGGGUUAACAUCCUCUUCUUGGGGUGAAGGUCAGGGUUAACAUCCUCUUCUUGGGGUGAAGGUCAGGGUUAACAUCCUCUUCUUGGGGUGAAGGUUAGGGUUAACAUCCUCUUCUUGGGGUGAAGGUCAGGGUUAACAUCCUCUUCUUGGGGUGAAGGUUAGGGUUAACAUCCUCUUCUUGGGGUGAAGGUCAGGGUUAACAUCCUCUUCUUGGGGUGAAGGUUAGGGUUAACAUCCUCUUCUUGGGGUGAAGGUCAGGGUUAACAUCCUCUUCUUGGGGUGAAGGUCAGGGUUAACAUCCUUUUCUUGGGGUGAAGGUUAGGGUUAACAUCCUCUUCUUGGGGUGAAGGUUAGGGUUAACAUCCUCUUCUUGGGGUGAAGGUCAGGGUUAACAUCCUCUUCUUGGGGUGAAGGUCAGGGUUAACAUCAUCUUCUUGGGGUGAAGGUUAGGGUUAACAUCCUCUUCUUGGGGUGAAAUUUAGGGUUAACAUCCUCUUCUUGGGGUGAAGGUUAGGGUUAACAUCCUCUUCUUGGGGUGAAGGUUAGGGUUAACAUCCUCUUCUUGGGGUGAAGGUUAGGUUUAACAUCCUCUUCUUGGGGUGAAGGUUAGGGUUAACAUCCUCUUCUUGGGGUGAAAUUUAGGGUUAACAUCCUCUUCUUGGGGUGAAGGUUAGGGUUAACAUCCUCUUCUUGGGGUGAAGGUUAGGGUUAACAUCCUCUUCUUGGGGUGAAGGUUAGGGUUAACAUCCUCUUCUUGGGGUGAAGGUUAGGGUUAACAUCCUCUUCUUGGGGUGAAGGUUAGGGUUAACAUCCUCUUCUUGGGGUGAAGGUUAGGGUUAACAUCCUCUUCUUGGGGUGAAGGUCAGGGUUAACAUCCUCUUCUUGGGGUGAAGGUUAGGGUUAACAUCCUCUUCUUGGGGUGAAGGUCAGGGUUAACAUCCUCUUCUUGGGGUGAAGGUCAGGGUUAACAUCAUCUUCUUGGGGUGAAGGUCAGGGUUAACAUCCUCUUCUUGGGGUGAAGGUCAGGGUUAACAUCCUCUUCUUGGGGUGAAGGUCAGGGUUAACAUCAUCUUCUUGUGGUGAAGGUUAGGGUUAACAUCCUCUUCUUGGGGUUAGGGUUAGGGUUAACUUAGACUCAGACAGGACCUUUAUACACUCUUAGAAAAAAGUGUUCCAAAAAGGUUUUGGGGUGGCUGUCCCCAAAAGAAAACCAUUUUUGGUUCCAUGAAGAACUAUUUUUGGUUCCAAGUAGAACCCUUUUGGGUUCCAUGUAAACACCCUAUGUGGAAUGAAACCCAGAAGGGUUCUUAGAACUCAGACAGGACCUUUAAGGGUUCUUCAAAGGGUUCUCCUAUCGGGACAGCCAAAUGACCCUUUUAGGUUCUAGAUAACACCUUCUUCUCUAAGAGUGUGUAGGCUCGACCCUAAUUGAAGUGCUCUCUGACACCUGGAGUUGCAAAUGGUCCAGGUACAAAGGACAAUGCCAAAGGACUAGUCAGCCCUUCCCCCUCUGAGGGGCCAAAAUGUUUCUCUCUGUUACAGUAUCCAGAGCACUGAAUAUUGAAUGUGAUAGAAUAAUACUAUAGUAUCACAGGAGGCUGGUGAGGGGAGGACGGCUCAUAAUAAUGGCUGGAACGGAGCAAAUACAAUUCCACUAAUUCCGCUCCAGUCAUUACCACAAGUCAGACCUCCCCAUUUAAGGUGCCAGCAACCUCCUGUGUAUACAUGUAUCUUAUCUAUCUGAAACUUGUUCACUGAGGAUAACUCUGAUGCUAUCUACAGUGGGGAGAACAAGUAUUUGAUACACUGCCGAUUUUGCAGGUUUUCCUACUUACAAAGCAUGUAGAGGUCUGUAAUUUGUAUCAUAGGUACACUUCAACUGUGAGAGACGGAAUCUAAAACAAAAAUCCAGAAAAUCACAUUGUAUGAUUUUUAAGUAAUUAAUUUGCAUUUUAUUGCAUUACAUAAGUAUUUGAUACAUUAGAAAAGCAGUACUUAAUAUUUGGUACAGAAACCUUUGUUUGCAAUUACAGAGAUCAUACGUUUCCUGUAGGUCUUGACCAGGUUUGCACACACUGCAGCAGGGUGUGCAAACCCACUCCUCCAUACAGACCUUCUCCAGAUCCUUCAGGUUUCGGGGCUGUCGCUGGGCAAUACGGACUUUCAGCUCCCUCCAAAGAUUUUCUAUUGGGUUCAGGUCUGGAGACUGGCUAGGCCACUCCAGGACCUUGAGAUGCUUCUUACGGAGCCACUCCUUAGUUGCCCUGGCUGUGUGUUUCGGGUCGUUGUCAAACUUCAGACGGGCCUGGACAUGCGCUGGCUUGAGCAGGGGGACCUUGCGUGCGCUGCAGGAUUUUAAUCCAUGACGGCGUAGUGUGUUACUAAUGGUUUUCUUUGAGACUGUGGUCCCAGCUCUCUUCAGGUCAUUGACCAGGUCCUGCCGUGUAGUUCUGGGCUGAUCCCUCACCUUCCUCAUGAUCAUUGAUGCCCCACGAGGUGAGAUCUUGCAUGGAGCCCCAGACCGAGGGUGAUUGACCGUCAUCUUGAACUUCUUCCAUUUUCUAAUAAUUGCGCCAACAGUUGUUGCCUUCUCACCAAGCUGCUUGCCUAUUGUCCUGUAGCCCAUCCCAGCCUUGUGCAGGUCUACAAUUUUAUCCCUGAUGUCCUUACACAGCUCUCUGGUCUUGGCCAUUGUGGAGAGGUUGGAGUCUGUUUGAUUGAGUGUGUGGACAGGUGUCUUUUAUACAGGUAACGAGUUCAAACAGGUGCAGUUAAUACAGGUAAUGAGUGGAGAACAGGAGGGCUUCUUAAAGAAAAACUAACAGGUCUGUGAGAGCCGGAAUUCUUACUGGUUGGUAGGUGAUCAAAUACUUAUGUCAUGCAAUAAAAUGCAAAUUAAUUACUUAAAAAUCAUACAAUGUGAUCUUCUGGAUUUUUGUUUUAGAUUCCGUCUCUCACAGUUGAAGUGUACCUAUGAUAAAAAUUACAGACCUCUACAUGCUUUGUAAGUAGGAAAACCUGCUAAAUCUGCAGUGUAUCAAAUACUUGUUCUCCCCACUGUAUAUGGUUGUAUUAUCUCUGUGUUACUUGUAUCUGUACAGGGUGAACUCUGAAUUACUAUAUGCAAAAAGGUUUUAUGGUCCUCUCAGGAAUUCUGUCUUAUUUACAUUGGUGUCGUCCCCCACACAAGCCUUUAAAUGCUGUGACGCCAUUGGAGACUGGACCUCGGAGUGUUUAGGUUACUGUAAACUUGGUAUCGUUUGAUUGGUCAACGGUGGUUGGUUUUGGGUUGAAAGGUUACACCUUCAGAUGUUAUAAAUUGAAUUAAAUGCCUUUGUUAUCUCUCUUUUACUGUAUCCAGUCCACGGAGGAAGGUUGCUUGAUUAAUUCUCAGGCUUCAAGGCCUCUGGCCUAGUAAGCAUCUCUUUGUUCAUGCUUUGUCUUCUGAGUUAACCUCAGGAUCUAUAUGCCUAGAAGGAUGCUUUGUAAUGCUUGUUAAUGCUUUGUAACUUAAGCUUCAUGCCUUGUAUGUGAAUCCAUUCAUUGAACAAUGUUAAUUAAAUAUCUGCCUUUGAUAUAGACAAUUCCCAGACUAAUUAUUGCUAGUCAACAUAAACUCAUUGCCUAAUGCUUGCUUGUAUAUUUUAAUUAUCUUAUGAGUCAGCUAAACAUUUUAAUAGGCUAAUUGCUUCGUCUUAUUACGAGUCACAUGUGAGGUAUUUAUAAUAUCAUGAAUACUGUAUACACACAUGUCAAAUAUCACUGUCCACUACAAGUGUAUACUAAUCUAUAUAAGUACUAAAGUUACCUCAUUCUCUUCUAGGAGUUAACAUACAGACACAGUAUAACCAAUAUUACUAAAGUACUCUAGUUACCUCAUUCUCUUCUUGGGGUCCCCCAGCAGGGUCUCAGGGAACUGGGAGAGGGUCUUCAGCUGCGUCUCGAAGCGCAGCCCGGAGAUAUUGAUGACAACGCGUUCACAGCACUCGUGGUCCGGUUGGUUCCGUUCGUACCGGUCCAGAGAGUGGUGACCUGGUAGCACCACCAACUCCUCCAGCAUGUUGUCUCCGCCGCACGCCACCACCGUCAUCACAUCGAUGUCUGUCUCUGUGUAUCCGUGGUUUAUUAGGGUGUCGCGGUCUCGGAGGUCGGGGUUGUCCUGGUGGGUCUUGGUGACGGAAGGCGGCGGGGAUUGCAGGAGGCUGAGGUGGUCGUCCAUGUGCACGCUGAGAUAGAGGGGUGGAGAUCCAUGCAGGGGCACCAGCUGCUCCCCCUCCGCGAGCCCCUGUCAGCCUGCCACCACCACGGCUUCUCCUCCUCAGUCUCCUCUCUCUCGGUCUCUCUCUGUCUCUGUCUCUCACUCUCUCCGAUUGGUGUUCCCACCCACAGCGCGAGAGCUGGGGUUUAUAAACACGUGAGCUCUACACCCCCGCCCCCUGGCAGGCGCCUCUCUCCUCGUCCCCUCUCAUUUCUCCCCCCUCCUCUCCCCUCUUUCUCCUCUCUCCCUCUCUCUCUCCUCUCUCUCUCUCUCCGGCGCCUCUCUCCUCUCUCUCUCUCUCUCGUCUCCUCUCUCUCUCUCUCUCUCUCGCUCUCUCUCUCUCUCUCUCUCUCUCUUCUCCUCUCUCGCUCUCUCUCUCUCCUCCUAUCAGAGCGUGGACAAACAUAAACACGGAGUCUCAGACACAUCACAUCCCCACUCUCUGGGCCUCUCUCUCUGGGCCUAUCUCUCUCUGGGCCUAUCUCUCUCUGGGCCUAUCUCUCUCUGGGCCUAUCUCUCUCUGGGCCUAUCUCUCUCUGGGCCUAUCUCUCUCUGGGCCUAUCUCUCUCUGGGCCUAUCUCUCUCUGGGCCUAUCUCUCUCUGGGCCUAUCUCUCUCUGGGCCUCUCUCUCUCUCUCUCUGCCCGCAACAUGAAUUAUGAAUGAAACGACAAGCAGGACAGCACCUUUUGAUCAAGGUGACCGAGGACAUUGUUGGGUAGAUAUAGGUUAAUGGUUUUUAAUCAAAGGGGCUGCAUUAUGGAGAAAAACAUUGAAAACAGUACCUUUGUGGAAGUCUGUGGACAAGGUUUGACAGCAAUCCAUGCUUUGAUUUAGUUUCCCUGGCACUGUUGUUUCCAAAUGGUAAAGUUUUAGCAUUUGUGGCAAAAAUCCCAUCUAAAUCCUCCUACCGACAUUAGCAUUUUUCACACAUCAUGUUUAAAUCAUCUACAAAUGACUUUGUUGAGCUUCACAAUCAAUUUGAGAUACUUUCAGAUUAAACUAAACACACCUAUUCAAUAAUAAUAUUGAUACAUGGGAUUUAAAGCAAAAAAAUACAUCUGGCAUAAAAAAAAUUGAUUUAAAUGGACAGAUGUUUUCUGUCUACCUGGCGCCGACGAAGAUGGCGGCCUCGCGACUAGUUCUUAGGAAACUUUGUGGUAUUUGUGUUUUUAUGUAUUUUUUACAUUAUUAGCUCAGAAAAUGUUUUGUAUCAUUACAUACAGCCGGGAAAAACUAUUGGAUAUCAGAGUGGCGGUAACUCACCAGAACUACCAGCAUUACGACCAGGAAUGCAACUUUCCCGAAGCAGAUACUUUGUUUGCUCUCCCCAGGGCAACUGAACUGAUUCCAGAAGCCGACCCAAAAGGCAUCCCUAGCCGUGUCCUCAGAGCAUGCGCAGACCAGCUGGCUGGAGUGUUUACGGACAUAUUCAAUCUCUCCCUGUCCCAGUCUGCUGUCCCCACUUGCUUCAAGAUGUCCACCAUUGUUCCUGUAUCCAAGAAAAGCAACGGUAACUGAACUAAAUGACUAUCGCCCCGUAGCACUCACCUCUGUCAUCAUGAAGUGCUUUGAGAGACUAGUCAAGAAUCAUAUCACCUCUACCAGUGACUGCAUACUGUGUCACGAGGUAGCAGAGGAAGUUCAGGGCCUGUUCAGGGACUGCUCAUAACCACUGUUCAGGGACUGCUUAUAACCACUGUUCAGGGACUGCUCCUAACCACUGCUAAAAUGUGGUGGGUUUUCUUGCACUUUUCAGCAGCCGUGGCAUCACCCAGGUGGGGGCUACAUUCCUGGCAAUGGAGGACCAGUACCAGAGAAGAGGCUCCAAUGUAGUGACUGACCAAUCAGAGGAGAGGCUCCAAUGUAGUGACCGACCAUUCAGAGGAGAGGCUCCAAUGUAGUGACCAACCAUUCAGAGGAGAGGCUCCAAUGUAGUGACCGACCAUUCAGAUUAGAGGCUCCAAUGUAGUGACUGACCAAUCAGAGAAGGAGGUGUGGUGGGCUGUUGAAGAGUUCCGGGCCUGUUGUUUGAGACAGUCUUUGUUUCUCCUUGGCUGUCCCUCCACUGAACCUCCACUGGGCCUUUCCAGCCCAAUCUGACUCAACCUCAUCCCAAGCUGACUCUUUCCAGCCCAAACUGACUCAACCUCAUCCCAAGCUGACUCUUUCCAGCCCAAACUGACUCAACCUCAUCCCAAGCUGACUCUUUCCAGCCCAAACUGACUCAACCUCAUCCCAAGCUGACUCUUUCCAGCCCAAACUGACUCAACCUCAUCCCAAGCUGACUCUUUCCAGCCCAAACUGACUCAACCUCAUCCCAAGCUUUUCAAUCUCCAUCAUCAGGGAAUGCUGUGUCUUUGUUUUUACCUGGUUUACGGACGAUACACUCGACUCUGCUAUUCAACCAGACAGCAAGGGAAAACCGGCCAACCCUUCCCUCCAUUCUACUGGCCAAUGUACAGUCACUCGAUAUUAAAAUGGGGACCUUCGAUCGCGGAUUUGCUACCAACGGGACGAAACUGCAAUAUUCGUUGCUUUUCUGAAACAUGGCUCUCGGACAAGAUACCCCCAAUGGCUAUCCAACUCGAUGGAUUCUCCAUUCACCGGACGGACAGUGGAGUCAGGGAAAUCGAGGGGGGGGAGUGGUGCUUUGCUAGCACUAAUUGGAAUAUAUUUCGAUAACAUUGACGUGCUUACCACCUCCGUCACUGAAUUCAUUAGAAAAUGUAUCGCCGACGUUGUCCCUACGGUGAGGGUUCGCUGCUUCCCCAAUCAAAAGCCGUGGAUUGACACAGAGGUUGGCGCUAAGCUAAAGGACAGGGCUACCGCACACAGAGCUAUCGUAGACGACCCUGGGGCUACGGCCGAGGACAGGAACAAGGACAGGAAGUCCCGCUACGACCUCCGCAGAGUCAAAUGAGCAAAGGGACAAUAUACUGGAGGAAUAAGAUGGAAUCAUAUUACACAGGCUCAGGGGCUAUAGGCCAUUAAGUCCAACAAUGCCUCUCUACCAGAUGAACUCAAUGCAUUUUAUGUACACUUUGACAACAACAACAUUGUGUCACUCCACAGCCUCAUAGAGGAUCUAGAUACAUUUUCUAACCGCUCUGGAUUACAACCAAAUUAUGAUAAAUGUACUAUAUUACGUAUUGGAUCAAUAAAAUAAUUUUUUUUUACAUUACCAUGUAGUUUACCAAUAAAAUGGUCUGAUGGUGAUGUGGAUAUACUCGGAAUACAUACCCCAAAGGAAAUAAAUGAUCUCACUCCAGUACAUUAUAUUAGAAAGUUAGCAAAAAAAGAUAAGAUCUUGCUACCAUGGAAAGGAAAAUACCUGUCAAUUUGUGGAAAAAUCACCCUGAUUAACUCUUUAGUAUUAUUGUUUUUUAAAUUAUAUGAGAAACAUAUAAUCCAUUUUAUUUGGAACGGCAAGCCAGACAAAAUUAAACAGGCCUAUUUAUAUAAUGAAUGUGAAUUCGGAGGACAGAAAUGAUUAAAUAUUAAAGCAUUAGACCUAUCACUAAAAGCUUCAGUUAUACAAAAGUUAUGCUUAAAUCCGAACUGGUUCUCUAGCAAAUUAGUAAGAUUGUCUCACCCCAUGUUCAAGAAUGGCCUUUUUCCCUUUAUUCAGAUUACAACCUCUCGCUCUCAGUUAUUUGAAAAGGAAAUCAUCUCCCAGAUAUCACUAUUUGUAAAACAAGCCAUAGAAAGUUGGUUGCAAUUUCAAUUUAAUCCUCCAGAAAUGACAGAACAAAUAAUGCAACAAAUAUUGUGGUUAAACUCAAAUAUACUAAUUGACCUAAAAACUGGUGGAGUUAUACAGCUAACAAAAACAUAUGGAAAUGUCUGCUUUACCCAAAAUUACAACCAAAUAAUUGCAGCCUUACCGCAAAAGUGGAAGAGGAAAGUGGAAGGGGGAGAAAGUAAGGAACUUGUCUGUCGGACUUGCAUUAAAGAACAUAAUUGGUUAAGGAAAACUGUGAUAAAUAAAAAAGUAUAUCAGUUUCAUUUAAGGACCAAAGGAUUGACAGCCGUCUCAUAUAGAUUACAAAAUAGUUGGUAAGAGAUUUUUUACGUACCGAUCCCAUGGCAUAGUGUUUAUGAACUGAUACGCAAAACGACACCGGAUUCAAAACUUAGAAUCUUUCAAUUUAAAUUAUUAUAUAAAAUUCUUGCUACCAAUAGAAUGUUAUUUAUAUGGGGGAUACAAUCUUCCCAGCUCUGCAGAUUUUGCUGCGAAGAGACAGAAUCAUUAGAUCAUUUGAUUUGGUACUGUCCAUUUGUAGCUUGUUUUUGGACACAGGUCCAGGAAUGGCUAAAGGAUUGCAAUAUUUACCUGGAGCUGACCCUGCAGAUAGCACUACUGGGUGAUCUGAAAAGUAAUAGUCAAUCGAUCAAUAACAUAAUGAUACUAUUAGCAAAAAUGUUUAUUUUCAAUUCACAAUCUGUAGAAACAAUGAGAAUGGUUCAGAACUUUUGUAAGACAUCACAGUACAGUUGAAAAAUAUAUGGCAAAUAGAAAUCCUAUAUGGAUGGUGUUAAGAGAUAUAUGGGAGGUGUUGAAUGGAAUUGAAGGAUGGGACUAAUAACAACUAACAACUAAUAACAACAAGAUAACUAAUAAUGUAGGCAUGCUGUGUCCAUAAUAAGUGUAUGGGUUGUAGGUUGGAAGCUUUUGUGAAGGAGCACAGUUAGAAAGAUAUGGCAUAUAGAAGCAAACCGGAUGGACAUCAUGAAAAUGAUCGGAGAGGUUGAGAGUAGAAGAAGUUCAGGAGAAAGAACAAAGAAAAUGUAAUUAUUGUAAAAUUGACUGUGUCCAUAAAAUGUAGAUAGUAAGUAUAAGCUGGAAGUAGAGGCCUAAGCGUUGUUGUUCACUAGUUUACUCCAAUUAGGGAAAGGGUGGUGGGGUUGGAAAUUAAUAAAGGGGAAUAUAUAUAUUUUUAAAGGAUAUGUAUGUGUGUGUAUAUGUGUAUAUAUAUGUAUAUGUAUGUAUGUGUGUAUAUGUAUGUAUAUAUAUAUAUAUAUAUACACAUACAUAUACACAAAGAAAAACAUGGGGUAUUGGAAGUGAUGCAGACAAUUACAUUGAUGGAAGUUACAAUCUAUCUGCAAUAUUAAGUUGAUCUACCCCCCCCCCCCCCCCCCCCCCCCCCCCCCCCCCCCCAAAAAAAAGAACAAAAAAAAAAGAAAAAGGAUUGGGUUAUUUCGCUCUCCGAGGCCGACGUGAGAAAGGUCUUUAAUCAGGUCAACACCCGCAAGUCCGUGGGGCCCGAUGGUAUUCCAGGGCGCGUUCUCACAGCAUGAGCAGAACAGCUGGCAGGCAUAUUCACAGUAAUUUUCCUUGUCCCGGCCUGUAAUCCCCACAUGUUUUAAGAUGACCACCAUCAUUCCAUUUGGCGAAAGGCUCGGCACACGCAUCCUCAGGCUGACUGGCUCUCGUUCAGGCAAAUGAGAAAUAAGUGCACUCAGGCUAUCCGGAAGGACAAAGUUAGUUACUUUAAGGAGCAGUUCUCUCUCUGUGGGUCUAACCCCAAGAAGUUCUGGAAAACGGUUAAAGACCUGGAGAAUAAACCCUCCUCCUCACAGCUGCCCACGUCCCUUAAUGUUGAUGAUGUGGUUGUUACUGACAAGGAGCACAUGGCUGAGCUCUUUAAUCACCACUUCGUUAAGUCAGGAUUCCUAUUGGACUCAGACAUGCCUCCUUGCCCGUCCAACAUUUCCUCAUCUCCCCUUCUAAUGCGACUAGCCCUGAUGCUCCUCCCCCUUUUUCCCCUGCCCCGCUACACAGUUCCUCCCUGCAGGCGGUCACUGAGUCCGAGGUGCUAAAGGAGCUCCUUAAACUUGACCCCAAAAAAACCUCUGGGUCAGAUGGUUUAGACCCUUUCUUCUUUAAGGUUGCAGCCCCUAUCAUCGCCAAGCCUGUCUCUGACCUUUAACCUGUCUCUCCUCUCUGGGGAGGUUCCCAUUGCUUGGAAGGCAGCCACGGUGCGUCCUUUAUUUAAAGGGGGAGAUCAAGCUGUUAUAGGCCAAUUUCUAUUUUGCCCUGUUUAUCAAAAGGUGUUGGAAAAACCUGUCAAUAAUCAACUGACUGACUUUCUUGAUGUCUAACGUAUUCUCUCUGGUAUGCAAUCUGGUUUCUUGAUGUCUAACGUAUUCUCUCUGGUAUGCAAUCUGGUUUCUUGAUGUCUAUAGUAUUCUCUCUGGUAUGCAAUCUGGUUUCGUGAUGUCUAUAGUAUUCUCUCUGGUAUGGAAUCUGGUUUCGUGAUGUCUAUAGUAUUCUCUCUGGUAUGCAAUCUGGUUUCGUGAUGUCUAUAGUAUUCUCUCUGGUAUGCAAUCUGGUUUCGUGAUGUCUAUAGUAUUCUCUCUGGUAUGCAAUCUGGUUUCGUGAUGUCUAUAGUAUUCUCUCUGGUAUGCAAUCUGGUUUCGUGAUGUCUAUAGUAUUCUCUCUGGUAUGGAAUCUGGUUUCGUGAUGUCUAUAGUAUUCUCUCUGGUAUGCAAUCUGGUUUCGUGAUGUCUAUAGUAUUCUCUCUGGUAUGCAAUCUGGUUUCGUGAUGUCUAUAGUAUUCUCUCUGGUAUGCAAUCUGGUUUCGUGAUGUCUAUAGUAUUCUCUCUGGUAUGCAAUCUGGUUUCCUCUCAGGUUAUGGAUGUGUCACUGCAACCUUAAAGGUUCUAAAUGAUGUCACCAUUGCCCUUGAUUCUAAGCAAUGUUGUGCUGCUAUUUCCAUUGACUUGGUCAAAGCUUUUGAUACGGUAAACCAUUCCAUUCUUGUGGGCCGGCUAAGGAGUAUUGGUGUCUCUGAGGGGUCUUUGGCCUGGUUUGCUAACUACCUCUCUCUCAAAGAGUGCAGUGUGUAAAGUCAGAACAUCUGCUGUCUCAGCCACUGCCUGUCACCAAGGGAGAACCCCAAGGCUCCAUCCUAGGCCCCACGCUCUUCUCAAUUUACAUCAACAACACAGCUUAGGCAGUAGGAAGCUCUCUCAUCCAUUUAUAUGCAGAUGAACAGUCUUAUACUCAGCUGGCCCCUCCCUGGAUUUGGUGUUAAACGCUCUACAGCAAAGUUUUCUUAGUGUCCAACAAGCUUUCUCUGCCCUUAACCUUGUUCUGAACACCUCCAAAACAAAGGUCAUGUGGUUUGGUAAGAAGAAUGCCCCUCUCCCCACCGGUGUGAUUACUACCUCUGAGGGUUUAGAGCUUGAGGUAGUCACCUCAUACAAGUCCUUGUAUGAAAAAACAUUCAAACUGGACAGUUUUCUCUCCAUCUCUUCAUUCAAAGACUCAUUCAUGGACCCUCUUACUGACAGUUGUGGCCGCUUGGCGUGAUGUAUUGUUGUCUCUACCUUUUUGCCCUUUGUGCUGUUGUCUGUUGCCCAAUAAUGUUUGUACCAUCUUGUGUUGCUACCAUGUUGUGUUGCUACCAUGUUGUGCUGCUGCCAUGUUGUGUUGCUACCAUGUUGUGUUGCUACCAUGUUGUUGUCAUGUCGUGUUGCUACCAUGCUGUGUUGUUGUCUUAGGUCUCUCUUUAUGUAGUGUUGUGGUGUCUCUCUUUAUGUAGUGUUGUGGUGUCUCUCUUUAUGUAGUGUUGUGUUGUGUCUAUCUCUCUUUAUGUAGUGUUGUGGUGUCUCUCUCUCUUUAUGUAGUGUUGUGGUGUCUCUCUUUAUGUAGUGUUGUGGUGUCUCUCUUUAUGUAGUGUUGUGGUGUCUCUCUUUAUGUAGUGUUGUGGUGUCUCUCUUUAUGUAGUGUUGUGGCGUCUCUCUUUAUGUAGUGUUGUGGUGUCUCUCUUUAUGUAGUGUUGUGGUGUCUCUCUUUACGUAGUGUUGUGGUGUCUCUCUUUAUGUAGUGUUGUGGUGUCUCUCUCUCUCUUUAUGUAGUGUUGUGGUGUCUCUCUUUAUGUAGUGUUGUGGCGUCUCUCUUUAUGUAGUGUUGUGGUGUCUCUCUUUAUGUAGUGUUGUGGCGUCUCUCUUUAUGUAGUGUUGUGGUGUCUCUCUUUAUGUAGUGUUGUGGUGUCUCUCUUUAUGUAGUGUUGUGGUGUCUCUCUCUCUUUAUGUAGUGUUGUGGUGUCUCUCUCUCUUUAUGUAGUGUUGUGGUGUCUCUCUCUCUUUAUGUAGUGUUGUGGUGUCCUCUCUCUUUAUGUAGUGUUGUGGUGUCUCUCUUUAUGUAUUGUUGUGGUGUCUCUCUUUAUGUAGUGUUGUGGUGUCUCUCUCUCUUUAUGUAGUGUUGUGGUGUCUCUCUUUAUGUAUUGUUGUGGUGUCUCUCUCUCUUUAUGUAGUGUUGUGGCGUCUCUCUCUCUUUAUGUAGUGUUGUGGUGUCUCUCUCUCUUAUGUAGUGUUGUGGUGUCUCUCUCUCUUUAUGAAGUGUUGUGGUGUCUCUCUUUAUGUAGUGUUGUGGUGUCUCUCUAUAUGUAGUGUUGUGGUGGUCUCUCUUUAUGUUAGUGUUGUGGUGUCUCUCUUUAUGUAGUGUUGUGGUGUCUCUCUUUAUGUAUUGUUGUGGUGUCUCUCUCUCUUUAUGUAGUGUUGUGGUGUCUCUCUCUCUUUAUGUAGUGUUGUGGUGUCUCUCUUUAUGUAGUGUUGUGGUGUCUCUCUUUAUGUAGUGUUGUGGUGUCUCUCUUUAUGUAGUGUUGUGGUGUCUCUCUUUUAUGUAGUGUUGUGGUGUCUCUCUCUCUUUAUGUAGUGUUGUGGUGUCUCUCUCUCUUUAUGUAGUGUUGUGGUGUCUCUCUCUCUUUAUGUAGUGUUGUGGUGUCUCUCUUUAUGUAGUGUUGUGGUGUCUCUCUCUCUUUAUGUAGUGUUGUGGUGUCUCUCUCUCUUUAUGAAGUGUUGUGGUGUCUCUCUUUAUGUAGUGUUGUGGUGUCUCUCUAUAUGUAGUGUUGUGGUGUCUCUCUUUAUGUAGUGUUGUGGUGUCUCUCUUUAUGUAGUGUUGUGGUGUCUCUCUUUAUGUAUUGUUGUGGUGUCUCUCUCUCUUUAUGUAGUGUUGUGGUGUCUCUCUUUAUGUAGUGUUGUGGUGUCUCUCUUUAUGUAGUGUUUGUGGUGUCCUCUCUUAUGUAGUGUUGUGGUGUCUCUCUUUAUGUAGUGUUGUGGUGUCUCUCUUUAUGUAGUGUUGUGGUGUCUCUCUUUAUGUAGUGUUGUGGUGUUCUCUCUUUAUGUAGUGUUUGUGGUGUCUCUCUUUAUGUAGUGUUGUGGUUCUCUCUUUAUGUAGUGUUGUGGUGUCUCUCUUUAUGUAGUGUUUGUGGCGUCUCUCUUUAUGUAGUGUUGUGGUGUCUCUCUUUAUUUAUUGUUGUGGGUGUCUCUCUCUCUAUAUGUAGUGUUGUGGGGUCCUCUCUUUAUGUAGUGUUUGUGGUGUCUCUCUCUUUAUGUAGUGUUGUGGGUCUAUCUCUCUUUAUGUAGUGUUGUGGUGUCUCUCUCUUUAUGUAGUGUUGUGGUUGGUCUCUCUUUACGUAGUGUUGUGGUGUCUCUCUUUAUGUAGUGUUGUGGUGUCUCUCUCUCUCUAUGUAGUGUUGUGGUGUCCUCUCUUUAUGUAGUGUUGUGGCGUCUCUCUUUAUGUAGUGUUGUGGUGUCUCUCUUUAUGUAGUGUUGUGGUCGUCUCUCUCUUUAUGUAGUGUUGUGGUGUCUCUCUUUAUGUAGUGUUGUGGUGUCUCUCUUUAUGUAGUGUUGUGGUGUCUCUCUCUCUUUAUGUAGUGUUGUGGUGUUCUCUCUCUCUUUAUGUAGUGUUGUGGUGUCCUCUCUCUUUAUGUAGUGUUUGUGGUGUCUCUCUCUCUUUAUGUAGUGUUGUGGUGUCUCUCUUUAUGUAUUGUUGUGGUGUCUCUCUUUAUGUAGUGUUGUGGUGUCUCUCUCUCUUUAUGUAGUGUUUGUGGCUCUCUCUUUUAUUAUGUGUUGUGGUGUCUCUCUCUCUUUAUGUAGUGUUGUGGCGUCUCUCUCUUUAUGUAGUGUUGUGGUGUCUCUCUCUCUUUAUGUAGUGUUGUGGUGUCUCUCCUCUUUAUGUAGUGUUGUGGUGUCUCUCUUUAUGUAUUGUUGUGGUGUCUCUCUUUAUGUAGUGUUGUGUGGUGUCUUUAUGUAUUGUUGUGGUUGUCUCUCUUUAUGUAGUGUUGUGGUGUCUCUCUCUCUUUAUGUAGUGUUGUGGUGUCUCUCUUUAUGUAGUGUUGUGGUGUCUCUCUCUCUUUAUGUAGUGUUGUGGUGUCUCCUCCUCCCUCUCCUCUUUAUGAAGUGUUGUGGUGUCUCUCUUUAUGUAGUUGUUGUGGUGUCUCUCUUUAUGUAGUGUUGUGGUGUCUCUCUUAUGUAGUGUUGUGGUGUCUCUCUUUAUGUAUGUUUGUUGUGUCUCUCUUUUAUGUAUUGUUGUGGUGUCUCUCUCUCUUUAUGUUAGUGUUUGUGGUGUCUCUCUUCUUAUGUAGUGUUGUGUGUCCUCCUCUUUAAUGUAAGUGUUUGGUUCUCUCUUUAUGUAGUGUUGUGGUGUCCUCUCUUUAUGUAGUGUUGUGGUGUCUCUCUUUAUGUAGUGUUGUGGUGUCUCUUCUUUAUGUAGUGUUGUGGUGUCUCUCUUUAUGUAGUGUUGUGGUGUCUCUCUUUAUGUAGUGUUUGUGGUGUCCUCUCUUUAUGUAGUGUUGUGGUGUCUCUCUUUAUGUAGUGUUGUGGUGUCUCUCUUUAUGUAGUGUUGUGGCGUCUCUCUUUAUGUAGUGUUGUGGUGUCUCUCUUUAUUUAUUGUUGUGGUGUCUCUCUCUCUAUAUGUAGUGUUGUGGUCUCUCUUUAUGUAGUGUUGUGGUGUCUCUCUCUCUUUAUGUAGUGUUGUGGUGUCUAUCUCUCUUUAUGUAGUGUUUGUGGUGUCUCUCUCUUUAUGUAGUGUUGUGGGUGUCUCUCUCUCUUUAUGUAGUGUUGGUGGUCCUCUCUCCUCCUCUUUAUGUAGUGUUGUGGUGUCUCUCUCUCUUAUGUAGGUGUCUCUCCUCUUUAUGUAGUUUGUGGUGUCUCUCUUUAUGUAGUGUUGUGGUGUCUCUCUUUAUGUAGUGUUGUGGUGUCUCUCUUUAUGUAGUGUUGUGGUGUCUCUCUUUAUGUAGUGUUGUGGUGUCUCUCUUUAUGUAGUGUUGUGGUGUCUCUCUCUUUAUGUAGUGUUGUGGUGUCUCUCUUAAUGUCAGUGGUUGUGGGUCCUCUCUUAUAUAGUGUUGUGGUGUCUCUCUUUAGUAGUGUUGUGGUGUCUCUCUUUAUGUAGUGUUGUGGUGUUCUCUCUUAUGUAGUGUUGUGGUGUCUCUCUUUAUGUAUUGUUGUUGGUGUCUCUUUAUGUAGUGUUGUGGCGUCUCUCUUUAUGUAGUGUUGUGGUGUCUCUCUUUAUGUAGUGUUGUGGUGUCUCUCUCUUUAUGUAGUGUUGUGGUGUCUCUCUUUAUGUAGUGUUGUGGCGUCUCUCUUUAUGUAGUGUUGUGGUGUCUCUCUUUAUGUAGUGUUGUGGUGUCUCUCUUGUCGUGAUGUGUGAACCUGAGCUCUGACGUCAUGUAUAGCAUGUUACUGUCCAGCCACUGAGCUCUGACGUCAUGUAUAGCAUGUUACUGUCCAGCCACUGAGCUCUGACGUCAUGUAUAGCAUGUUACUGUCCAGACACUGAGCUCUGACGUCAUGUAUAGCAUGUUACUGUCCAGCCACUGAUCUCUGACGUCAUGUAUAGCGUGUUACUGUCCAGCCACUGAGCUCUGACGUCAUGUAUAGCAUGUUACUGUCCAGACACUGAGCUCUGACGUCAUGUAUAGCAUGUUACUGUCCAGCCACUGAGCUCUGACGUCAUGUAUAGCAUGUUACUGUACAGCCGCUGAGCUCUGACGUCAUGUAUAGCAUGUUACUGUCCAGUCACUGAGCUCUGACGUCAUGUAUAGCAUGUUACUGUCCAGCCACUGAGCUCUGACGUCAUGUAUAGCGUGUUACUGUCCAGCCACUGAGCUCUGACGUCAUGUAUAGCGUGUUACCGUACAGCCACUGAGCUCUGACGUCAUGUAUAGAAUGUUACUGUCCAGCCACUGAGCUCUGACGUCAUGUAUAGCAUGUUACUGUACAGCCACUGAGCUCUGACGUCAUGUAUAGCAUGUUACUGUCCAGCCACUGAGCUCUGACGUCAUGUAUAGCGUGUUACUGUCCAGCCACUGAGCUCUGACGUCAUGUAUGGCGUGUUACUGUACAGACACUGAGCUCUGACGUCAUGUAUAGCAUGUUACUGUCCAGCCACUGAGCUCUGACGUCAUGUAUAGCAUGUUACUGUCCAGAACCAGAGCUCUGACGUCAUAUAUAGCGUGUUACUGUCCAGCCACUGAGCUCUGACGUCAUGUAUAGCAUGUUACUGUCCAGCCACUGAGCUCUGACGUCAUGUAUAGCAUGUUACUGUACAGCCCACUGAGCUCUGACGUCAUGUAUAGCAUGUUACUGUCCAGCCACUGAGCUCUGACGUCAUGUAUAGCAUGUUACUGUCCAGAACCAGAGCUCUGACGUCAUGUAUAGCAUGUUACUGUCCAGAACCAGAGCUCUGACGUCAUGUAUAGCAUGUUACUGUACAGAACCAGAGCUCUGACGUCAUGUAUAGCAUGUUACUGUCCAGCCACUGAGCUCUGACCUCAUGUAUAGCGUGUUACUGUCCAGACACUGAGCUCUGACGUCAUGUAUAGCAUGUUACUGUCCAGCCACUGAGCUCUGACGUCAUGUAUAGCGUGUUACUGUCCAGCCACUGAGCUCUGACGUCAUGUAUAGCGUGUUACUGUCCAGCCACUGAGCUCUGACGUCAUGUAUAGCGUGUUACUGUCCAGCCACUGAGCUCUGACGUCAUGUAUAGCGUGUUACUGUCCAGCCACUGAGCUCUGACGUCAUGUAUAGCGUGUUACUGUCCAGCCACUGAGCUCUGACGUCAUGUAUAGCAUGUUACUGUCCAGCCACUGAGCUCUGACGUCAUGUAUAGCGUGUUACUGUCCAGCCACUGAGCUCUGACGUCAUGUAUAGCAUGUUACUGUCCAGCCACUGAGCUCUGACGUCAUGUAUAGCGUGUUACUGUACAGACCCAGAGCUCUGACGUCAUGUAUAGCGUGUUACUGUCCAGCCACUGAGCUCUGACGUCAUGUAUAGCAUGUUACCGUACAGCCACUGAGCUCUGACGUCAUGUAUAGCAUGUUACUGUCCAGCCACUGAGCUCUGACCUCAUGUAUAGCGUGUUACCGUACAGCCACUGAGCUCUGACGUCAUGUAUAGCAUGUUACUGUACAGACCCAGAGCUCUGACGUCAUGUAUAGCGUGUUACUGUCCAGCCACUGAGCUCUGACGUCAUGUAUAGCAUGUUACUGUCCAGCCACUGAGCACUGACGUCAUGUAUAGCAUGUUACUGUCCAGCCACUGAGCUCUGACGUCAUGUAUAGCAUGUUACUGUCCAGCCACUGAGCUCUGACGUCAUGUAUAGCGUGUUACUGUCCAGCCACUGAGCUCUGACGUCAUGUAUAGCAUGUUACUGUCCAGAACCAGAGCUCUGACGUCAUGUAUAGCAUGUUACUGUACAGCCACUGAGCUCUGACGUCAUGUAUAGCGUGUUACUGUCCAGCCACUGCGUUCCAAUGUAGGCGCUUAUCAGUGUCCAAAUCAGCCAUGUUAUAUACAGGUAAUAAUACACACUGGAACAAACGACCUAAAGAACAUGAGAUGAUGUGUGACCCCAGCUAUGGCAGAAGUGGCCAUUAUGGCCACAGAGAGAUACCCAGUUGCAAUGAUUAUAUUUUAAUCUCUUCUCCUGCGCUGAAAUGUGCCAUUCAACAUUAUUUUAGAAAACAAUGCAGAAAAUUUGCACUAAGGCCAAACUUAUUUUUGGUGAACCACAAAGACAUCCACCCUCACCACACGCAAGCCCACGUCCACCUAAACAGGUGGGUUGUAAAAGUAUUUGCAAAGGUGCUAAAGUACACAGCCAGUGUGGGAAGAAAGACCAGACGCAUCCGGCCUAUGGGAAGCCAGCUAAUAAGAGCACCUCAGACUCACACCCAGAGAGACCAGUACUGUUCAGAGAGACCAGCACUGUUCAGAGAGACCAGCAUUCCACCCAGAGAGACCAGCACUCCACCCAGAGAGACCAGCAUUCCACCCAGAGAGACCAGCACUCCACCCAGAGAGACCAGCACUGUUCAGAGAGACCAGCACUCCACCCAGAGAGACCAGCACUGUUCAGAGAGACCAGCACUCCACCCAGAGAGACCAGCACUCCACCCAGAGAGACCAGCACUUUGUUCAGAGAGACCAGCACUGUUCAGAGAGACCAGCACUGUUCAGAGAGACCAGUACUGUUCAGAGAGACCAGCACUGUUCAGAGAGACCAGCACUCCACCCAGAGAGACCAGCACUCCACCCAGAGAGACCAGCACUUUGUUCAGAGAGACCAGCACUCCACCCAGAGAGACCAGCACUUUGUUCAGAGAGACCAGCACUCCACCCAGAGAGACCAGCACUUUGUUCAGAGAGACCAGCACUUAGUUCAGAGAGACCAGAACUCCACCCAGAGAGACCAGCACUUUGUUCAGAGAGACCAGCACUCCACCCAGAGAGACCAGCACUCCACCCAGAGAGACCAGCACUCCACCCAGAGAGACCAGCACUCCACCCAGAGAGACCAGCACUCCACCCAGAGAGACCAGCACUUUGUUCAGAGAGACCAGCACUCCACCCAGAGAGACCAGCACUCCACCCAGAGAGACCAGCACUCCACCCAGAGAGACCAGCACUCCACCCAGAGAGACCAGCACUCCACCCAGAGAGACCAGCACUUUGUUCAGAGAGACCAGCACUUAGUUCAGAGAGACCAGCACUUUGUCCAGAGAGACCAGCAUCCCCUCACUCUAUUGGCCCCCAUUAAGUACUCACUAGCUCACACACUGACAGGAUAG